AUGUCAGCAAAUGAAGACGAUUCUCGGGUUGCCCUUAUUGAUACAUCCUGUUAUUCUGCAGAUUGUACCCUUUCAGCAUUAGUGCCGCAGCAUGCCAUGAAACCCUAUCGUCUCUUGGCGACAAUGGAACUUAUUAGAACUCUAGGAUUGGAUCGUUAUUGUAGAACUGUUAUACCACCUCUUAUCGGAAUUGAACAAUUACUUACUUAUCAUGCUGAGGAUUAUAUCUCUAACCUGGGACUUCAUAAUAGUCGAAGCUGGUUAUGGAACACUGAAGUUUCCAAGGUAACUUUUUCUGGAGAUUGUCCACCAGUUGAAGGAAUAGUAGAAUAUUCUCUUUCUACUGUAAGUGGUUCACUUAUGGGUGCAAUUUUGUUAAAUAGUGGUAAGGUAGAUACUGCUAUUCAUUGGGGUGGAGGAAUGCAUCACGCGAAAUGUGGAGAAUGCUCAGGUUUUUGCUAUGUCAAUGAUAUUGUUAUUGCUAUUAUAGAGCUUUUAAAAUGUCAUGAAAGGGUAUUGUAUGUUGAUCUUGAUAUGCAUCACGGUGAUGGGGUAGAUGAAGCCUUCUGUCAGAGUAGUAGAGUAUUUACACUUUCACUACACAAAUUUGGUGAGUCUUUUUUUCCCGGUACUGGACAUCCACGUGAUAUAGGUUUUGGUAAUGGUCGGCACUAUACUAUGAAUUUGGCUAUAUGGGAUGGAGUAGAUGAUUUUUUCUACACUGUUAUUUUUGAACGUGCACUUUCUUCAAUUGUUAAUAGAUUUAAGCCAGAUGUCGUCGUUGUACAGUGUGGUGCAGAUUCUUUGGCAGGAGAUCGUUUGGGACAUUUUAAUUUAUCUUCUUGGGGACAUGGGAAAUGUGUUGAAGAAGUAAAAAAAUUAGGAUUACCAAUGUUAGUCUUAGGAGGAGGAGGUUAUACAUUACGAAAUGUUGCAAAACUAUGGGCCUAUGAAACAAGUAUUUUGUGUGGAAAUAAAGUUUCUUUAACCACUGUUAUUCCAAUUCAACGAAUGCCUCUUAGUGGAUGGUUGUUUGAAGAUUCACCUCAAUUACUAGUUCCUCAAGAUGAAGAAAACAGACCUCUACCUGGAGUCAAUGUUCAACGGUCGUUUAAAAUGGUGAUUGAACAAAUAGAUAAACAUUCCCCUAAUAUAGGUAUACUAUAA